CAGGAAGUAUUGGUACCCUUGUCGGGAGUCUGACAUCUCUUAAGAAUAUUUUACAUAAUAAAGAAUCUAAUACAAAUGAAAAGGAAUUCGACGAAGCAACUAUUAAAAAUUCCAUAUUAAAUAAUAAAAAAAGUUUGGAGAAAGAUACCAAGGAGUAUCCCUCGCCUUUAAAUUUUGUGACAGCAAUUGUUAAUAAUUUACAAGAGAAAAAGGAAUUUGGCAAAUGGGGUUUAAAAAGAAUUUCAAUGACUAAACGUGAAAUAGAGGACAUCAAUAAGUUGCUUUUUGGUUUAAGUAUACAUAUAGAUGAAGAUUCUGAUGAACAGAUUACAGAGAUUACAGCUGAUGAACAGAUUAUGGAGAUUACA